AUGUGCUCUCCUGCCAGUUCCAAAAUCCUUUACAGGAACCCUCGGUUCCUCCGGUUAGCCUUUCUGCAGCUUCAUCACCAGCAGCAGAGUGGUGUGUUUUGUGAUGUCCUUCUGCAGGCAGAAGGUGAGGCAGUCCCAGCGCACUGCUGCAUCCUGUCGGCCUGCAGCCCCUUCUUCACAGAACGCCUGGAGCGGGAGAGGCCAGCUCAGGGUCGGAAGGUGGUGCUGGAGCUGGGGGGCCUGAAGAUCAAGACCCUUAGGAAGCUGGUGGACUUCCUGUAUACCUCGGAAAUGGAAGUGUCCCGAGAAGAGGCCCAGGAUGUCCUUUCGGCUGCCCGCCAGCUCCGUGUAUCUGAGCUAGAAUCUCUUCAGCUGGAGGGUGGGAAGCUGGUGAAGGCUCCACAGGGGCGAAGACUGAACCGAGAGUGCUUACAGCUACCAAGUGCCGCGCCAAUCUCUGCCAGAGUGGUGGUGCCCAGCCGCCGCCCUCGAAUUCCACUGCCUGUUAGCCAGACUCCUUGUCCUCUUGGAGUGGUGAGAUUCAAGUCCUCGGGAAGGGAGGAGGGGUCCCAGGAGAAGAGCAACCGGCAGAAUGUAGAAAACUUGUCAGCCACUCUUCUGCUCAAGAAGAAGGCCAGAGCCUGCCCAGCGCCACAAGAAAAAAGCUCUUCUCCAUCAAGCCACAGUCAGGGGCCUGAGGACAAGAAGGACCCUGUCCUUGGCCCUACCAUACUCUCCCCACCCAGCUUGUACCCCUCUGUGGAUGAGCAACUACUGCCUAGAAAAAUCAGGCUGAGUCGCUCAAAGCCAUCUCCUGAUGUCUGUGCAUCAAAACCUUCCAAUGUGGUGAGUGGACCCAGCUCAGUGCCCACAGCCCCUGGCCGGCGUCUCUGGCGACAGAAGAGUCUAAGUAAAGAAGCACCAGGGGACAAGCAGAAGCCAGGGAAGGCUAGUCCCUUACAGAGCACCCCAAGCCCAUCUGGUCUUGGGAAGACGGGUGGGAACAAGAAGCGGAGCCCUGAAGUCAGGGCACCCAACUCCGAUUCUGUGGAGGAGGGCCAGGUCGGGAGGGUGAAACUUCGGAAGAUUGUCAAUGGCACUUGCUGGGAGGUGGUGCAAGAGCCUCCCCUCAAAAACUCUCAAGAUAACCCCCAGAUCUCAGAACAUGGAGGAGGCUUGGAAGAGCCUCCAGGGACUCAGCCGUGCUCAGUUAGUGAGCAGGAAACGUCGUCUGCUAGAACAGAAAUGUGUCAGGACUCCCCAGUGUGCUCUAGGCUACAAGACAUCCUGCUCUCUGCCAGCCACUCCCCAGACCACCCAGUGGUGAAGUCCGAGUUUGGGUCCAGUCCAGAGCUUUCAGGGAAGGAGCCAGCUCUGUUGGACAUUGACUGCAGAGCGCCCUAUGCGUUUGACUCAGCCCUGCUGGAGCAACCCUGCGAAGCUGAGGAGUACCGAAUCACAAGUGCUGCCGCCACCAGCGAGCUGGAGGAGAUCCUGGACUUCAUGCUCUGUGGCUCGGACAUGGAGCCACCCAUGGGGUCCCUGGCAAGUCCCGGGGCUGAAGGCUGCAGAACCCCGAGUUACCACCUCACAGAAACAGGGAAGAGCUGGAUUGAAGGGGAAGAAUGGUGCUUGCCAGACAUGGAACUGUGGCCCACGGAGCUGGACAAGGAAGCUGUUAAUGAGGACAAACAGCCAAUCGAACCCCUCAGCCCCCUUGUCAUGCCCCCUGAGAUAAGUGCAGGACAGGUACUUUCAGGGGGCCCUUGGACCCCAGACCUUGAAAUGAACAGUUCCCAGCCACUGAGUGGUCAGGGAGACAAACUUCUCCAGAUGGACUCUCUUGACCCUCCCAGGAAAUCUUUUGGCGACCUCUCGCCUCCCUGCUCAGACUGGGUGGAAACUGGGCUGCAAAUACCUUUGACAAUGGAUGAGGUGUCAUACCCUGCUCCAGAGGCAGGCAAGGAAGGAUCUGGUAACUCUGAGCUUCUAGGCUCACUUCCCGCCAGCCCUGAAGAGGAAGAGAUUGACGUGGUGGACUGGACAGCAGAGGGGAGGCUGGUGCCCAACAGCAUUCCCUCUGUAUGGCCUGAUCCUUCCUCAGAGUCAGAGACAGAGGUAGACAUACUCACGUAG